CAUCUGAAGCUUUUAAUAAUAAAUUUGACUACCUUUAUGAUGUUGUUACUAUGGAUUGGCAUUUCAUCAUGUAUACACCAGAAAAGAUUUACUGUGUAAAAGAAGACUAUUAUCUUCCACUCACUGAAGAUAUUUUAGAGGAUGAUAGAGGAUUUCUCCAGAAUUUAAAAAAGGUUAUGGAG